GUGCCGGCGGGCGGUAUCUGGGAUGCAUUCAGUCAGGUGUUGACAGUGCAAUCACUGAGGUGUUUGUGUGGUGGUUAUGAAUUAUACGGAUAUCUGGAUACCAAAGCCAGUGACACAUUAACAACAUUAUGAAGCCUGCAUUUCUACACAUGGCGGGACAAGAUCUAGUCAGCAAACAGUGAAUCGCUCUACAAGAACCCAUUCCACCAACAUGAUGAAAGCCAUGUGGAGAAGAGAAUUCAAUAUCAGAUCUUUGGGUUUCAGCCAUGACAGACCUGAGCAGUUUGUACGAUGCCAGUGGCAGAAGAAUGCGGAAAUAAGCAUUACUUACCUUGUAUACCGGUGGGCGUUUGCAAUUCUCUUCUUGAGCGUGUGGGUCUGGUCAUUCUUCUCUGCAGCAGAGCAAAAUACACCAGCAGAGAACUUUCUGAGCAAGUGGCCAAUCUACCUGACCAACUGGGGAUACACACUCUGUACCUCACAAGCACUGCUGGCUGUAGGCCUUGUCAUCCAGCAACUCAUCAAGGAGAGGAGAACUGGUUUCACUGAGGACCACGUUCAGAUGCCUGUAAUAUAUAAAGUUUACUGGCUACUGCAUACACUUGCUGUGGUUAUUGCAAUUGGAAUCACUGGCUCUUACUUUGUUGUGGAUUAUAACCCAGCUGUCCACACGCUGACUGCACUGAACCUCCUCAUGCAUGCCUUCAAUGCCAUCCUUAUGGUGCUUGAUGUCCUCGUGGUGGCCCACCCAUUCAGACUUCUGCACUUCUGCUGGUCACUCUUAUUCAUAUUCACCUAUUUCUGUUUUUCGGUGAUGUAUCACCUUGCUGGUGGCACUGGAAAGAACAACGCACCUUCCAUCUACCCAGCACUGGACUGGAAUAAGGUUGGAAGUACAUUGGCCAUAGCAGUUUUGGGAAUACUGGCUGUCGUUUUUGCCCACUUCUGUGUAUGGUUGACUGUAAUUAUACGCAAACAAAUAGCUGGAUCCAAUGAUGAUGCAUGUGAGGAACUGAAGAUUUCUAAACCAUCAUCCAAUCAGGUUCAACCACUGGAAGUUAAUACACCAUGACAGAAAGAGGGACUAUGUGGCAAAACCAUUGUCUAUUUCAAAAGUUACAUUGCUCAACAUUGUAAUUAAGAUGUUUAAAAAAAGUUACAUAGUUUAAAAUGUGCUAGAAAAAUCUGAUUUAAUCACAAAUCUAGAUGUAUAGCAGUAGCUAAAGACUUGGAUUCUAUAAGCAAAACUUCUCUACUUUCCACAAUACCAAAAUAAACAGCAUGCCAACUGA